GUCCCUUUCGCAGUUCCCCUCGGAGUGAACAAACCCUCCACCCCCCCCAUCGCCCUUAAAAUUUGGCAUCGGCAAUUCUGCCGGUUGUUCGGCGAUCGGAUUUCGCGCGACGAUUACCAUGUACAUAACAUCAUCCCCCUCGGGGAGGGAGGUCCUCGAGGUUACAAGCAAAGUAGCGGCCGAUCAACAUCGCCGGCGCGAUUGACAAGAGCCGCCGCUGUCGCAACAAACACACCGCCCGGCGUCCUCCGCUCGCCUCCUCGCGGAGUCUCCGCGCGAUCAGGAGCGCAUCCUUCUUGUACGCGCGGCCGCCGGGCGCAGGUGCGGCUCGGCGGGUGCGAUCGCGACGGCGGCGACCGCCGCCAAUCUGCUCUCGUCGGGGGCGGUUCUCGGGGGGUUGAGCCGGCCCUACGCGCGGUGUAGGUGGUAGAAGCGUUCGAAAAAGCGAGCGCGUCUACGCGCAGCUGAUAACAGUGGUGGAGGUGACGGUGACGGUGGCGGUGGCGGUGGCGGCGGCGGCGGUUCGCUCCGGCGUUCAAAUCACGAAGAACCGCGAAGAUCGGCUCGUCUCUCUCUCGUCCGUCUCGGCCGUGAAUUCGCGAGCAACACGAUGCGACACGACACGACGCGACGUCGUCGUCGUCGUCGUCGUCGGGCGUGAGAAGCACACCACCACCGGUGUGGACAUCGACGGGAAUCUCAGUCGCGUCUUUCGCGUGAAACCGCUGUCGUUCGAGCUACAAGCGAUGAUUAGUCUAGCUAAUGACACUGUUGGAGCCGACGGACGAUCGUCGCAGUGUCAACUCGAGUCUACUCGCGAGACUUGAGCGGCCUCGUUGAAACACCUCGGCGAGGAGUGCUACAUAGUUCGCUAAGGGGACCUUCGCCAAGCGUCCCCGAGGACGGGUCGACCCCCGUCAAUCAAGCCCGCGGCUGCGGAGAGUCGCCGUCGCGAGCGACGGGAUUGAAGGGUUAAGGAUCGCGGAAGAGCGGAGAGGUGAAGUCGACUCGCCGGAGUACAAGGACUGAUGGGGCGAAAAUGACCGCGCACUCGUCACGGGCACCUAGUCGUCACCGUGUACUCUUCGUGGACGACGGGCUGGCGGCCGGCGCUUCCUCAGCCGCGGAGCGGUCCCGACCGUAAAGUCGAAGCAACGCGUUCGUCCAUCGCGUGCGCGAGCAGGAGCGAGUCAGGACACGCUGGUGUCGCCAGAUGAAGGCACGGUGAAGCCGCGGCAGGAGAGCGACGGAGGGGAAAAGCCGAAGAACUAUUUCGGCGAAGUAUCACGUCGAAAGUGAAUUGGUGGAAAGCGAUAAGACCAAGAGAUCCUCGGCCGCAGGACGAGCUACGUCUUCGCGAGAAGCGUGCCAGGCAGGAUGUACGGCUUGUACAGAGCGUGGUUCGGCGGCGGCACCGCGGCCACGAGCAAUUACCCCUGCCUCCAGGACACCUUCUCGCCGCCGGACACGGUGGUGCGGGUCGGUAACGAGGGCGAGCACCAGUUCGUGGCGCACAAGGGCGUGCUCGCGGCCCACAGCGGCUACCUGAAGGCUCUACUGGCGAGCGCGGCGGCCACCACGACCAUGACGAUCCCGUCUUCCUCCGGCGACGGAAGUGACGGCGGUGGCGGCAGCGGAGGCAGAGGCGGAGGCCGCUCGUCGGCAUCGGCGAGCUGCUCGCCCUUUGACCCUGCCUGCGCGGCCGUCGCUGCCGUGACGAUCGGCCAGUCGCAACGCUCGCAACCGGUCACCUCCGUGUCGGUCUCGUCCGUCGGUGGGGAGGCGUUCGCGCCUCUGCUCAACUACAUGUACACCGGACGGCUGGAGGUGACGCUGGACAACGUGUACAGCGUCCUGCUGGCGACGCACCUGCUGCACAUGCCGGGCGCCCUCGAGCAGUGCAGGGCCGCGCUGCUGAGGCUGAGGGCGCCGCCUGCCCUGCCGACGCCGAUGCCGGUGCCGGUGCCUACGUCCGCGUCGACGGCGACCUCGUCGCCGCCCGGCACCGGCAGCAUCUUGCGACCGAUCCCGAGCAGACUGCUGGUGGGCCCGCCGCUCUGCUGGCCGCCGACCAGCCCGCUCUACCCGCCGACCGCGCCGGCACCGGCCUCCGUCGCCAUGUCGCACCUGCCGCAGAUGCCGCCGUCGGUGCUGUUGCAACCGACCGUGCCGCCCAGCAUCAGCGUCGUCGCGCCCGGCGCGAGGGACAAGCAUGAGCAGUGCUCGCAUUAUAGCGUCAGCGAGGUGUCGUCCGGCAAGUCGCCGCAGUCGUCGCCGACGCAGCAGCGCAAGCGGCAACGACUCGGCUCCCGUUCCAGGACCCCGGAGAUCGUGUCGCCGACGGUCGCCCUGCCGUUCGUGGCCGCGGCCGCGGCGGCGUUCACCGCGUUCGCCGUGACGAGCGGCGCGAGCAACUCGACGAGGGCGUCGUCGCCGUCGCGCUCCGUCUCGCCGGCGGCGUCCAGCAGCGUCUCGUGCACGCACUCGCCCACGGCGACGACGGUGUCGUCGCAGCAGCACAACCACAAGUCCGCGGUCGCGUUGGAGCGCGAGCACGAGGCCCAGCAGCAGGUCGUCGCGGCAGGCGGCGGCAGGUCUUGCACCGAGCAGCAGCAGCAGCAGCAGCAGCAGCAGCAGCGCAGGUCCUCAGCCUCCGGCGAAGACGCCGUGAGCCGCGGCCGCAACAACAACAGCGGAGGAGACACCACGUCGGAGCAGUCGGAGCGGGCGCGCUCGGCCCGCCGACGUGCGCGCUCAGGAGCGCACGGCGUCAAGGAGGUCUCCGGCUCGUCCGCCUCGGCCUCGGGCACCGUGUUCUCCGUGGUGUACGACAUCGCCUGCUGCGACGGCCCGGUGCGCUUCCACCGGGUCUUGAACGAGAACUACUCGACGACGUCGUACGGAAUCGGCGCACAGGCGCGCGCGCUGCAGCCGAGGAACUGCCAGCAGCCGGACGGCGAGGAGUUGUCCAGCGAGAACGACGAGAACGGCGGCCCGACGGCCACCGCCACGACCACGACCACGACGACGACGACGACGAUGACGACGACAACGACGGUGAGGCGAGGCGCCGUCGCGCACAGCCCCAGCGACUCCAGCAACGACGGCAGCAGCAACGGCGCCGCCAGCAACGCCGCCGCCGGCAACUGCUAUACCUGCGGCUACUGCAAGCACACCUUCAAGUCGCAGUACUGCUACAGGAAGCACGCCAAGCGACACUUGCUGCCCACGAGGAUGAUCCCCGAGUCGACCGCGGGAGACGCCGCGGCCAACGGCUCGGCGCCUCGCCAAGAGGCCGCGCGCGCCGCCGCUACCACCGUCAGCGCCGGCAGACGGGAGGUCCGGCUGCUGGACUUGAACGUGCAAUAUUACCCUUGCAAGAUCUGCGGCUGCAAGUUCCCCAGUUACUACUUCGUGCACAAACACAGGAAGCUCUGCCACGCGAACGACGACGAGAGGCAAGGAGCGGCGGUGGCGGCCGACGCCGCCGCCGCCGCCUGCGCGACCGCUCGCGACAUGGUCGAUGCUCCGUGAAGGAGCCGUCUUCCUCGAGAAGAGGAGGAGAAGGAGGAGGAGGAGGAGGAGAAGGAGGAUCAGCCGACCUCGUGUUCCGUACACGUUUAGCGACAACCGCGGCUUGAUAUGUAUCGUAGCGCAGUUAUUUUAUGACAUGAUCAUAAGGCGAAUAUCCCAAUUAGUGAGCAAGUAACCCCCCAUUGUGGAGAUUAAUUAAUAAAGUAUACGUUAAGUCAAGUACACAAAGUUCAAUUCGUCGCUUGAAUACCCGGGACUGCUUUUAUCACGUUACGUUGCUUUCAUUUGUACGGGAAGAUUUUUAUUUAUUUCAA